ACGAAGCGGAUUGAGCGCAAAUUGAACGCUAAAUGCGUGUCUUUCAUAACUGACCAAAGACAACUCAUCGACUCUUCAAUACAGGAUAAAGUGCUGAAGAACACAGACGGGAUCGUGUCUUCUGCCCUUAACAUUGACCUUGGGAUAAAUGAUGAUGUCAACCUUGAAGACUUUCAGAGGUACCGGAAGAUAAUGGCGGAUUUUGUCGUUCGUUUCCUGUUGGAUCGGAUUCUGCACAGCAGUCAAGUGAAUGGGAUCCUCAGGACUAUUGAGGAGGAGAUUCGCCAGAAUAUUGCCGAGUUGUUCAGCACGUGCGAGAAAUUGGAAGGCGAUGGCGACCUCCUCACUCAGCUGAAAUGCUGCUAUACCAUUGAUUUGACGACAAAAAUUAACGUGCCUCUUCUUUCUGAGAAAAUCAUGAAGAAGACAUUGUUCAUGCGAAUAUGCGAGGUCGUCGAGGAUGUCACGUGUCUCGCAGAUGUCAAUGAGCGUCAAUGGAAGGAAGAGACUUGUCGCCAUCUUCUGGAGAGCAUAGAUAGUGAAGAGUUGGGUCGAAUCAUCUGCGACCAGUUGUGCGGCGAAUUGAUGCACGCGCACAAACAUUUCAAAACUAUUUUCAAAAUGGUUGCCUCGUUCAUCGAAAGCGUCCAUGCCAAGGUUAAAUCGUAUGAACCGUUCAUUGCGCCAUUGUCCAAACAUAUCUGCAUUCUGUCGUCUCUUGAUUCGAGCGUUCGACAUGGGCAUGUCGAGCUGCUUCAGCUCAUCGAAAGAGGACACCGUUGUGAAGUCUAUAGAUGCAAACGCACCAAGACAAAAGCUGUCGCUAGACUUGUUCCAAGCGACAGGAAGCAUUUCUCUGAGUUUGCCGAAAUGUUAAAUUUUCAAAGGAAUCUUACACAUUAUCACGAAAACCUCCUGAAGGCGUUCGACAUCAGCCGAGACACCAUGGGUCGGGUGGUUGCCCUGGUCCCAUACGCUGGUGUAAGCUUGUUCCAGGAGCUCACAGACGGCAUGGCCGGAUCGUAUGCGACAGCAGAACGGCUUGAGAUAGGAAGACAGAUCAUAUCUGUCUGCAAGUUUGUUCGAGAGAAGGGAUUUUCCUUGGUUGACUUACGGCCGAAUAAUAUUUUGCUCAAAAAUGGCCAUCCAAAAAUCGACCUCUGUAAACCUCGAGGAUUGGACAUACCCUACCCACCACCUGACAACAAACCACCGUUCCACUUCGCCCCCGAAGUUGUCAGCAACUCCCGGAAACGAAACGUUGGGGAUGGCUACUCCGGGGCAAUGAUUCUUUGGUUCCUAGCGUGCGGUCGGUUUAUUCGCCCUGACUUCGCCAAUAAACCAAGUGUGGAGGCUGUAAAUGAUAUCAUUAUCAACGAUCUCGAUUCAGUGCGACAAGACCUGUGUAAUAUUUUAGAUCGUGUGAGGUUGGAACAUAUUUGGAAACUGGACGGUUCGCCGAGGCUAUUGCGCAAUGUGGCGGCCAUUUUGAAAGAAUUCAUUGUUCCGGAGGACGAGAGGAAACCAAUAGAUUCACUUUAUGAUCGGUGUAUGCAUUUGAUCAAUGAGUGAUUAAAGGAACUUUGAAGGCUAUAAACCUGGCGAACUAAAACCGAAGAUAAAUUCUGAAGCCAUUAGUUGGUAGUCAAGUUGACCAUAUUGCAGCUAAUAAUUAUAUAUUCUAUGCAAAACAUGCUUAGAGAAACUUAGCGGAUAUCAACCUAACGCCGGAUCACACUCGCAUAUACCGACAUUCAACCGUUUCGUUAAUCAUGCAUUGAGUUGAUUUUUCUCUCUCCUUUAUUGGUCUUUGCUGUUAUAUACCUGUUAUAUCUACAGUCCUAGCGGAAUGUCAGGCCCUAAUUCGUCUUUUUGAUAGGAGUCGCGCUGCGGGACAAUGCUAUAGAGUACUCAAAUUUUAAAUUCUUUAGUAUUUCAUAGAUUUCCAACUGGCUUAUUCCGAAUAUUAGUUUCUAGACUAUAUGAAUACGGAUUAUUAGCCCAAUUCACAUUAUUAAAGGGACUGUUUUCUAUCAGUUUAUUAUUUUCACUGGGAUAUAUAGCUCUACAAACAACUGGUAGGAACGUUUACUCUUUGAUAUUGCACAACUCCUGAUUAGGAACAUGUUCAUAUAUGUGGUUGAUCACAGGAUGCAGUUUGAAAUCUGUUGAAGUGGAAAAAGUAAUUAUAAACGUCAUAAACAGGCGGUAGAAACAGGCCAAUUUUAGUGACUAUAAUCUACCUUUAAAAUGGCUUUGCUUGAGACGAUUAUGGAGCUGGACGACAGCGCAGCGGAUCUAUAUAAACAUAACGAAUCCGCUACGGACAGCGAGGACGAUGUGGACAUGAAGCUCCGUAAAAACCGACCGCUCGGAUUCUAUCUCCGGCAGAUCGUUCACGAGAAGUUGCCGGAGAUUAGUGCCCGGAGAGAGGGAAAUCUGGUAGCCGCCGAAACCCUCGCAAAGGAUCUGUUCUCCGCCCUAGCGCAUCCCUUAAGCCCAUUUUCGCCGUUCGUUCAGGGGAAGCGACUCCGCGGAGAUAAGCAUGGCUACAGGCUGGAGCAGGUGGAUUCGGAGGUUUUUGAAUUGAGGAUAUUUUUGAAGUCUUUCCUGUAUCAGGAUUCCUUCAAGAUUUACUCCGGUGCGGGCAACGACGUCCCAGUUGGUCGUAUCGCGUACAGACUGAACCCCUCCAUUACAGCAGAGGAGAAAAUGGUGACCCAUCAAACCUGGGGUCCCUGUAUGGACCAAGAAGGGUAUAUAAGGCCAAUGAUUAUUGCAACAGUCCUAGGCGCAGCUCUUCGGAUGAUCAUAGAAAACGAAAUACUUGAGGAGGAAAUCGCGUCAAGGAUAAACUCCUUCAUCCAAACUCCCUCAGGAUCCAUUGAGUUGGGGAUACAGAAGGAGCCAAAGCCGAUUCGAAUACUCGUGUGUGCUUGCAUAUUGGGCUAUGAUCUGCCCCUUGGUAUGAGGCUACAACAUGCCAUGCCGAAACAAAUCCCAUACAGCGUAGCUGGAAAGGAUCAUAUCCGUGACAUCAACUCGGAAAUCAGUGAUGGGCAAAGUUGGUGGUCUGCAGAUGCCGUGCUCGCCAUGGAAUCAUAUCAAAACGCCCGGGUGCGAAAGAUGGCGGAGAAAAGUUGGCGGAUGAAUUUCAGUCCCGUUUUGCAACGGGUGCGGGAUUUUGCGGUGAAAGAUUUGGACUUCUCGGAGCAGUUUCCGGAAUAUUGUGCUUUGUUUCAACUGCUAUGUGAAAAUAACCCAACUCUCCUAACCCUUGGUUUAGACACCUUUUGUUCCACUACGAUGUUAGAGCUUAAGGCGCCUGGUACAAGUAGAAACCUUGCUUAUGAAGAUUGCUUUGUCAGAAUCUUACGGAGACUCGUAGCAUGCUUAAAAGAAGGAAGCUGCGCUCAUUUUUUCAUGCCUUCGAAAAACAUUUUCAGUGAAAUCAAAACGUGUUCUGUCCAGAACAUGGCAAUCUUGUUGGAGUCCAUUGUGAAUGACAUUUUGGCUGAUCCUAUGACGGUGGUGAAGCACGUAGGAAUGAUGGACGAGAUUGAAGACGAUCUGAAAAAUGAAGAAAAGAGACAACUAAAGAUAAAGUAGACUCUCGAGGCAGUCAUUAGUCAUCCUAAACAUAGUCAUCCCAGGUUAGGUACAAGGCCGAUCCAAUGCGUCCGGAGUGUAAAAAGGGACAUUGGCGAGAGAAAUGGGGAUGAGAAUAAAUUAUGUCUUUCUUUUGCUGGACUUUCGAUCUGGUGGUCACGGGUUCGACUCUCCGUAUAUCCACAGCAGUUUUUUCUCUUCAUUUACUUUCUUUAUUCAUUCAUGUACAUAUAGUAGUAUUAAUAUUAUU